CAGAUUGUGGAUCUGUGUACAGUGAGAUUAGAACGAGAAAUCAGUGAAAAACGGGCAAAAUGGUGGAAGGUGGAAUGAAAUGCGUGAAAAUUCUACUUUUUGUGUUUAAUCUUAUAUUUGUGAUUGCUGGUGCAGGUCUAAUUGGGGCCGGAGCUACAGUCCAAUUCAAGUUCAAAGAUUAUUUCAUUCUACUUGGAGGCCAGUUUAGUUCAGCGGCAGCACUACUGAUAGCUGUAGGAGUCAUCAUCUUCUUCAUCGCUCUUUUCGGAUGUAUCGGAGCAUGGAAAGAGAACUACUGUUGUGUGAUGAUCUAUGCUGUCCUGUUGGUCAUCAUAUUUAUCCUAGAGAUUUCAGCAGGAAUAGCAGGCUAUGUGUAUCAUGGAGAGGUUGAGACACAGGUUAAGAAGUUAAUGGGAGACACUCAGCAGAAGUACCAGCCUGGUAAAGAUGAAGCCAAGGUCUGGGACACUGUCCAAACCGAGUUUAAAUGCUGUGGUGUCACCAACUAUACAGAGUGGGAAGCAUUGUUGAAUAAUACAGUUCCAAAGUCUUGCUGUAAAAAAUCUGCAAAUACCUGUACAGGCAGUGAAGCUGAUAUUCCAACCAACAUCUACACAGAGGGAUGUCUAAGCAAGUUUGAGACCUUUGUAAAGGACAAUAUUUUCAUUGUUGGAGGAGUUGGAAUCGGUCUAGCAUUUGUUCAGAUUGUGGGAAUCCUGUUUGCUUUCUGUCUUGCUCGUGCUUUGAAGAAGGAGUAUGAAGUAGUGUAAUUGGACAAUGAAUCACCAAAGAGGAUGACACUCCAACAGGAAAUGAACAACUGUGGGGGGAAAAUUCAGAGGAGGGAAAAAUUUAACAUUUGAUGGAUUAUUUUUUCAGGUCACAUGUUGCAAAAUUUAAAAAAAUACCUGUGCUUUUUGGCCACCAUUUUAUAGUUGAUAUUUGUCUGUUGAAAUGUAGAGAAGGUAAUUUAAGCUUUGAGUGAUGCAUAUUCUCUCACUGUUGUUUAGUAUGAUUUUGCAAUCAUGCUUUAUCCUUUAGACAAGUAUUAAUCCUUUUUAUUUUUUGCCUAUGUAGAUGUCCUUUGCAGUAUUGUAGUCUGGGAUUUGGUCUUUUCUUCACAAUAAUGUGUAGACAGAAAUAUUAAGUAAAACUGAAGCGUCAGUUUGUACGUUAUGUAUUUAUUGUGUAUGGUUUCUCCAGGAAGGGAGACAUUAUGUGGGGUUUUACACAAAUAUAUUUACUGUCAUUUCCAUUUUUAACAUUUUCAUGUCUGCAGUCACAGUGUAACUGUAUUAGUUUGAUGUAACAAAAGACUGAAUGUUUGAGUAACAGUCAGGUGGGUUUUAAACAGUGGAGAAGAGAUUGUUUUGAACCAAUCAUAUGAUGAAAACUAAUUCAGAUGAUUCCCUCUCUUCUUUGCUUUUAAAAGCAUUUCUAUUAUAGAUUGAUACUUAAAAUUUUGUUAUCUACUCAAAAAAAUUUUUUUUAAGGAAGUUAUUAUAUCAUUUUCUAAAUUGUUUAUCGCAAUAUUAAUGUUGUGAGUACUUGUUGUGGUGUUACCACAUUUAUUUUUAAGCUUGAAAGUACACAUAACCUUUUGAUAUAGGGAAUUUUUUUUCUAUAUUGUAAAGAGACAUUUUGAUGAAAAAAAUGUAUUUUUGUAUGAAACGGAAAAAUCAUUCUGUUGUGGCCUAUGAAUCAUUAUAGCAAAAAUAAUUGAUGAAAUGAUAGCUUUAUUUCUCACUACAGAGUUUUAGUGCUAUAUUAUAAAAAAGGUGCCUUCCAUUUUUCGAUGAACUGAAUGAAAAGUGCUGCUGGGCAGGUGAAGGCUAUUAAUACUGAUCUGUUUAUUUUUGCAAAUUAAGAAGGAAAUUAUUUUGGUGUAUCCAAGGUAUGGGUGGGACUUCUAUCACAAAUUAAAUCAUCAUCUUGUACGCAACAUAUUGAUAUUUUUCCAUUUUCUGAUGUUAACUGUAGUUAUAUUAAAGAUGUUAUCUAAUAAAGCAUUUUUCUCUUGA